AGAGGAGUAAGUAAACUCUUGCCCUGCAUGAAAACUCAUCAUGACAACAGUCAUGGCCGCCUCCUGCUCGUUUGUGUGCUGCGGAGAGGAGAAAGAAGCCGAUAAAGCUGUCGUCGUCCGCUUUUCCAACGGCAGCGUCCAAAAUGCAGACAAGCUGGAUUUCAGCAUGUUUAAAAACACAGAGGAAAGUAACCCCAGGAAAAAGACCAGGCGGAUACUGGUUGCAGAGUCAGACAGACUGUCCUAUGUGGGGCAGAACUUUGGAGUGGGGUCAAUGAAGUGCAAUAAUCUUUGCAAAUAUUAUGUGGGCGUGUUGAACAAGCAGACCAUGACGAUGGAGGUGCAUGAAGCUCAGCUCUUCAACAUGCAACCAGUUAUACCAGGAGAGACAACAGACAGUGCAAAACUCCAGGACACUACUCAGACCUACAGAGAAAAGGUUGACUUACUGAUUGAGGCCUUUGGUACCAACAAGCAGAAGAGAGCUCUGAGCUCUCGCAGGCUGAAUCAGGUGGGCAGUGAAACCCUUCAGCAAGCAGUGGCAAAGGCUGCCAACACUGUGAUUGGCGAGAAGGGUCUGGAAGCUUUGCAGCAAGAAGUGGCUGACGCAGAGUCGCAAGGAGACCUGGCUCUGCACCUUCCCCCCUGCAAUGCAAACGCAGACAAACGAGAGGACGUCUAUCCAUUUGAUGAGCUCUUGAGCCCAGUGGAGUUUGGUGCUUUGGAGCAGGGUGGUGCCAAAAUGGCAGCACUCACCCCCGAAGAGCUGAAAAAGAUGAAAGAUGAUGGAAGGUGCCUGAGUAUUGUGAAGCAUCUAGAGAAUCUGCCAACUGAAAGUGAAAGCCGAGACAAAACAGCACGCUGUGCUUUCUACCUCUCUCUGCUCCUCAAACUGGCUCGGGAGAGGAAUGUCACCCGCAAGUUUGGGCAAGAGGAAGGCUGCCCUCGCGUCAUCCAGGGCAAACUGUUUAAAACGUUCACCGUGGAGACCUUCAACAAUGGCAGAAUCCAGAACAUGGUGUCGUCGUCAAUGCGGGUCAAACUAGCAGCAUACUGCUUAGCUCUGCUGCUGCAUAUGGGUAACAUGACAGCUGACCUCACAUUACUGCAUCGUGACCUGGGAAUCACUGAGGCAAGGAUGACUGAAGUCGCAAAGUCAAUGAGACUGACCUUGGUGAAACCAGCCCGAGGCAAGGGUGAUAACAUUGAACUGCAAGAUGACAGCAGACUGGCCGCCCUUGUUCUGCCUCUGAUCAAAUACGAUCACUUCACUGAGAGACGGAAACGCAAAAAGAUGCACUGAGGACGCGAAGGAGAACCGAGAACUGGACAGAAAGAAAUGAAUAUCAAACAAAUGGCUGCAUUAAACAAGGCUUGUUUGUUAAUGCUUUUGUAGACAAAUAAAGUGAACUUCAAGGCG